AUAAAAGCCACCCUACCUUAGGGGCUACUUUCGGGAGUCUAUGUACUUAUUUACCCAGCAGGUCCCGGUACGAAAAUGUCCAGGAAUCAAGAUUUCGACCACCUAAAGCCUGCAACUACCUCGCCACAACGACCUCGUCAUCAAGUUAAACGAUCCAUAACUGAGUUAUCAUCGCCAAUCAAGCUUCCCCGAUAUCACCACCUACAUCAUCUUCAGCGGAAGGACCGCGACAACGAUGACCAACCUCCCUUAUCCGCAAGCAUCAUGCUUCAUCUCCCGCGAGGCUCGUUCGACCUGCCACGGUCUGAAGGAGCAACUCCGUCAGCAAAUUCGGAAUCAGGCCUCAGGAUAAGCAUGCUGAAUUCUGCCACCGAGGAUGCUAUUCGCAGUGUUGGGUCCACGACACCCCAGGCACCUUCGACAAGCCAAGAAGAGUUAUCGCGCGAGCAAAAAGAGAAGGAAGUUUCAAGAAUAUCGGGAUUGAGAAAAUCACUCGUGGAAUUGAGCACAUCUUCGACUACGACGACAAGACGCCUCGACGAUACAUAUUAUGCCAUUCUUGAAAAGCUCGGUACACUCCAGGGUACAAUCAUAGCUCUUAAAGAGCUCGCCGGCAUGUCACAGGAACUGGAUGGGAAUUUCAAAACGGAAUCGCAAGGAUUAGUGAACGAGCUGGAACAACAGGCCAAUUCGUUUGGCCACUUUCACGAUCAACAAAAACGCAUCGAAGAAUUACAGGGUCGUAUACAUGAUGGUCGCGGCAAGGUUGAGGCGCUUAGCAAGCGAGUGGACGUGGUGCGGGACCGAAUCGAAAGCUGGGAGAGAGCAGAUAUGGAAUGGCAGGAAAGAACAAGAAGACGCCUCACGAUUAUAUGGAUCAUUACAUCCAUUGUGAUCUUCUCACUGAUACUUCUCUUUGUCGGAGCCCAGUACGCCCCUUCGGAAGACACAUCCGGUCUUACCAUUUCGGUCUCGGCAUCGAGCAACGGACAAGGACAACACGAUGUAGGCGAUAUGGGCAGCAAUCAUAGUACAAAUGUCGCUGCUAUGGUGGAUGAGGUGAGACAGGUACUCGGCACUAGGAGGGGCGGGGAACCUGUCGAAGACAAUGUGCUCCGAGCCUUCGACGAGUUGUGAGCCAAAACUCCGGGAAAGGCUUCGGUUUUCGGGUCGGCUUUCAUAUCCGGUGAAUUAGAAUGCAUUAUCGUAGAACCGUAGAAACAAUGAUACCCCUUGCAAAUUUAGAAUUUAGAUAACAUAAAGACGAUGCCGUUUUACCGAGCGGUUAUGUUCGCUAUUGGCAGGUCAUGAUAUUAUGUAGCUGUCGUCGCACCUA